UCGUCAUUUCCGUAUUUGUGUUGCCGUGGCGGGAGAUUCACGCGUGUGUCGGGUUGUUUUAUCUUCUUUUAGACUUCAUUUUGUAUUUUAGUCAGUUUUAGUACGUUUUAUUGAUCUGAGAUUCCUAAAUAUUGAGAAUAACAACAAUGAUGGAAGCUAAGCAGAACGGUUCUCAUCACGCGAGCGCUUCUGAAAAUAAGACCAGCAGCGAGGUGCACGUGCAGCAAAACGGCCAGCACGAGCCGGCCGAGAGGUUCCGCUUCACCCCUGAGCCCAGUCUGGAGGACAUCCGGCGGAUGCAGGCCGAGUUCACGGACGAACGCGACUGGAAUCAGUUCCAUCAGCCCCGCAACCUGCUGCUCGCGCUGGUCGGGGAGGUGGGCGAGGUGUCCGAGCUGUUCCAGUGGCGCGGAGAGGUGGCGGAAGGGUUACCGGGCUGGACCGAGGCCGAGCGCGAGAACCUGGCUCAGGAGCUCAGUGACGUGCUCAUCUACCUGGUGGAGCUCGCCGAGAAGUGCCACGUGGACCUGCCGCAAGCCGUGCUGCGCAAGAUGGCCCUCAACCGGCUCAAAUACCCGGCCAGCAAAGUGCACGGGUCCGCCAAGAAGUACACCGAGUAUCAGGACUGAAGCCCUGGUCCUGGAAACAUCACCAGGAACUCCAGAAAGAUGACCAGGAUCUGUAAUGUGAGGGGAGGGGGGUGGCACGGACGAGACCCUCUGCGAGUGUUUGGGUGGCUCACAUUCUCCAAAAAUGAUCUAAUUUUCUCAUUCAGCACCCAGGACCAGUACUGAACCCCCCCAAAUGUCCAUCUCUAAACCCAGGACCAGUACUGAACCCCCCAAAUGUCCAUCUCUAAACCCAGGACCAGUACUGAACCCCCCAAAUGUCCCUCUCUAAAUCCAGGACCAGUACUGACCCCCCCAAAUGUCCCUCUCUAAAUCCAGGACCAGUACUGAACCCCCCCAAAUGUCCCUCUCUAAAUCCAGGACCAGUACUGAACCCCCCUAAUGUCCAUCUCUAAAUCCAGGACCAGUACUGAACCCCCCAAAUGUCCAUCUCUAAACCCAGGACCAGUACUGAACCCCCCUAAUGUCCAUCUCUCUCUAAACCCAGGACCAGUACUGAACCCCCCUAAUGUCCAUCUCUCUAAACCCAGGACCAGUACUGAACCCCCCUAAUGUCCAUCUCUCUCUAAACCCAGGACCAGUACUGAACCCCCCUAAUGUCCAUCUCUCUAAACCCAGGACCAGUACUGAACCCCCCUAAUGUCCAUCUCUCUAAACCCAGGACCAGUACUGAACUGUAGCUGAUAAUCAGAUUGAUUGAUUACUCUAGACAUUAUUAGAUCAGAUGUAAGAUUAUCUAUCAGAUUGGAUUAAUUGCUCCAAUAGUUCAUGUUUAAUGUUUUUCCCUGAAAAUAAGUGCCUGUGUGUAAAUCAGUGGGUUCGGUUCUGGAAGCAAAAUCAGUUGUUUGGAUUUUCUGCUGUUUAUUAUUAAUCUUUUAAUGCUCUUAGUUUUAUUUACAUUUUAUUCUGGAAGCUGUGGGAUUUUAUUACAGCUGCUGUGUGAAUUAGCUCAGACACAAAGGUGUGCGUGUGUGUGUAUUUAAAGUGCAAUAUUUUGCUUACACACUGCACCUGGCUGGUUUCUGGAGUUGUGAUAAAAGUGUAACGAGGCUGCUGUGUGAAACGUCCUGCUCACGUGACACGUUAAUGAUUGCCUUCAUCUAAAGCCGAUUGACGCCACACACACACACCUCGAGAAAAGUGAUUUCUUUCAACUCCUUUACUUUUGUACAGAGAGAUUUGGAAUUGAAAAUGGAAGAAGAUUAAAAUUCACUGAGUUUAUUUGACAAAUUGUUGUUUUAUUUGUUUUUUAAAAAAUGUCUAAUGCUUUUAUUCUGAAUGUUUGACUAUAUCAGAAGUCAUGUGACAGACAGGGGAGUGUGUGUGUGGGCAUUGAAUCAAAUCUUUUGUGAAAAUGUUUCAUACAAGGCCUCACACACACACGGAGUGGGAGCUCUCAAUCUGUUGCUGCUAUACACACACCCCAUCUACUGAAGAGUGAUGUUGCUAUGUAGCACUGUUGCUAUGGAAGAUGUUCCCUUCUGCACUACACUCUGAAACCCACCAGUAGGGGGCGCGGUGUCACUACACUAGACAGCACAUGCAUGACGAGUGUGCGUUCAGCCUGAUAUACGAGUGAGGGAGAAUCGUAGUGUGUAGUGAACAUGGUGUGUGGGUUGGGACACAUCAAGGGACUAAUGAUGUUUAUGUGACUGUUAUUUACACUCAGUCAGUUUGUUCCCUAGAUUAGUGUGCUAUGUAGUGCAUGUGAUAAUCCAGUGUAGGGAUUAGUGAUUAGGGGACAUAUUAAAAGAACGAGGAAACAUUUCUUUUCCCUACGGUCCAGCUGAUUCCUGGGAUGACGGCUGGAACAAGAAAAUAUGCAAAUAUUAUUUAAAUGAGUCCAGAAUAUGCGCACUAGCCUCUUAACCACACGAUUAUGGUAAUUAGUGAGGUCUAGUUUCCAAACAGGCAGAGAUCAUCAUUAUUAAAUGAUUUUGGAGUUUUAUUUGUAUACAACAUGAGCACAAAACAGAUCAUGGAUGAAAUAAAAAGUGACAAAUGAAUUAAAAUGAAUAUUUUCACACACAGUUGCCUCACGCCAAGAAGGUCCUGGGUUCGAAUCCCGGGUUCUAACAUGUUCUAACAUCUGCAUGUUCUCCCUCGUGCCUGUGUGGGUUUACUCCAGGUACUCCGGUUUCCUCCCACAGUCCAAAAACAUGUAGAUUAGGUUGAUUGGGAAUUCUAAAUUGCCCAUAGGAGUGAGUGUGAGUGUGUGUGGUUGUCCGUCUAUAUGUGUGACCCUGUGAUGGACUGGUGACCUGUCCAGGGUGUACCCCUGCCUUUCACCCAAUGUGUGCUGGGAUAGACUCCAGCAGAUCCCUGUGACCCUAAUUAGGAAAAAAGUGGGAAUAGAUGGAUAUUCACACACAAAUAUGUUAA